GUAGCACAGUUGCCGGGCAGUGUAAUUAUAUAUCUAACAGGAAGGUUGCAGGUUUGCUCUAGAAAGAUGAAAGCUCUUAUUAUAUAGGGAGGAGUCGUCCAAGGUAAAGCGUGGAGGAGAAAGAUUUAAAGGGGAGGGGAGGAGAUGGCAAGGUCGUGGCCGUGAUUGAUCGAUCCAGAAAGCUAUCUUUGUGGACGCAAGAGGUCAAAGUAUAGAGAGAGGGAAGGAAGAAGUGCCGGCACUCGAUUUGCUGAAGAUCCAGGAAUGGAGAAUCAAAUAGAAAUCCCAUACCAUAUGGUUCAUGGCUGCGGAGGAGGUGAAGAACACUUCUUUCCAGGAGGAGAUGGAAGCGUUGUUUCUGCUGCUAUUAAUCCUACCUUGCCAUGGUGUCUUCCUUCGAUUCACUCUAUCGGCGAAACCCAUCAUCAGUUCUCACAUAGCAAUCCUGGACUGGAUCAACAACUCAUAUGCCCCGAUCUGCCUCCCUUUGCCCCUCCUUUGUAUGCGGAUAUGUACAAUAGCAGGAGGACCUUGAGUGGCUUGCAAUUCCCUUCGGAUUCGCCCGGAUUAAUGGCUGGUGCUACUGUGGGCUUACAUAGAUUUCUACGAGCAGAAGGGUCGGCUUCUUCGUCUCUCUUUGGGACCAUUCAUGAAGAAUUGGAGAAGCUGACUGCCCAGGAAAUCAUGGAAGCCAAGGCUUUUGCUGCAUCCAAGAGCCAUAGCGAGGCCGAGCGCAGGCGUCGGGAGCGCAUCAAUGGUCAUCUUGCCAAGUUGCGCAGCAUGCUCCCAAACACCACCAAGACGGAUAAAGCAUCAUUGCUAGCCGAGGUCAUCCAGCACGUGAAGGAACUGAAACGGCAGACGUUAGAGAUCGUAGAAGAGAGCCCGCUGCCUACCGAAGACGACGAGCUCACCGUCGACUCCAUAUGCGACGAUGACGGCAAGUUCAUCGUCAGGGCGUCUUUGUGUUGCGACGACCGCCCUGACCUACUUCCGGAUCUCACCAGCGCCCUGAAAACACUAAAGCUUCGCAUCCUCAAGGCGGAGAUCACCACCGUCGGUGGCCGCGUGAAGAACGUCCUCGUCAUCACCGAGGAGCACAACGCCAGUGGUUACGACGACGAGCAGGAAUUGGUAGCAGCCAUCGAGGAUGCCUUAAAGGGAGUCGUGGAGCAGACAGCAGAGCACGAUCUAUCCUCAUCCGGUGGAACAAAACGGCAGCGGACGACAAGCUUGCUUAGUGCAGUCGAACACAGCUCCAUUUAGCACAAGAUCAAGAACAUGCACGUAGAAAUUUAUAGCUCAUUAUAGUCAUGGUCAGCGACAUAAGCUAUCAGUAGUGUGAUUUGGUGUGUAUUUUAACCUGAUGGGGGAAAUCUACUCGAGUUUUUCUGGGAUUUGCACCUCAGAGGACUGGUAUCUUUUUUUAGCCAGGAGUAGGGUUGGGGUGAAUUUAUCUUGUCUUUUAGAAGAUUUAUAUGUAUGAUAAAUUAAUGCUUUGGUC